UAUCAUGUUGUACUUACAGUUUAUAUCAGUCCUACAUUAUAUUAUAUAAUAUAUUUUACUCGGAUCAACAUGAGACUCCUGACUUGUAUAUUAUUUUUCACAUCGGCAAUUUGUUGCAAUGCACUGUACUUUAAACUACCUGUUAACACUGAAAAAUGCUUGAAAGAAGAAGUUCAUAAAGAUGUCCUUGUAAAAGGAGAAUAUGAAGUUCAUCCAGUAUCUGGAGUGAAAGUCCAUCUCCUGGUGACUGAUUCUAAUGGACAUAUAUUGUAUCAAAAAGAAGACGCCGCCGAUGGCAAAUUUGCGUUCACAACAGAUGAUUAUGACAUGUUCCAGAUCUGCUACAAGAGUAGCUCAGAAGUCCAGGGUCGAUUACCGGAUCAGGAUAUCAGAAUAAUUGUAAAGAGAGGUGUUGAAGCAAAGAAUUAUGAAGACAUUGCAAAGACAGAGAAACUGAAACCAUUGGAAGUUGAACUCAGGAGACUUGAAGAUCUUUCAGAAUCUAUCGUCAAUGCUUUUGCUUACAUGAAGAAACGUGAAGAAGAAAUGAGAGACACAAAUGAAUCAACAAACUCGAGGGUACUUUACUUCAGCAUCUUCUCAAUGCUCUGUUUGGUUGGACUUGCAACAUGGCAGGUUCUUUACCUCAGAAAAUUCUUCAAGUCAAAGAAACUUAUUGAGUAGUCUGUCAUAUCCUUCACAGAUCUAAUGAUAUUACUGGAUCAUGCAGUGGCAAUGGAUAGGUCUGAAGCAACUACCAUCCUCGUGCCAUGCAUGAUUCAGCAAUAUUAUCAGUGUGAGCUGUGUAACUUAAACACAAAAGACUUAACAAAAUUAGAAUAUUUUUAAAAGAAUAUUAGAAUGUUUUUUAAACUAUUAUUUGGUGAAAGACUGCUAAGUUUAAUAUUAAUGGAUGUAUGCUGAUACUCCCUUUUGAGAUUCACAUGGAGGCAUGUACUGCAAGUGUGUUUUCACUUCAUGACAUUGUUUGUGCAAUUAUGAAAUGCAUUAACACCUUCGCUAGUUCAUAUCUUCAUUUAUUUGGGGUUGCUUUUCUUUCUUUAGUCUUUCUGAAAAUGUAUAAUGGGUAUGUUUUUUCUUGAGCAUAUAGGAAUGCUCAUUUCACCAUUCUGAUAAUUAGCAUAAUAUUAUUGUAUGAUUUUACAAAUGGCACUUCUGGAAAACUAGCAGUCAGAUGGUACUCCUAAGCUAUGCUUUGUGUUUCGAGAGAUUUUUUAGUUAUUUUCCUUUGCAUACAUCGUUGGUGAAGCUUUUUGAAAUGCAUAUGCCUUGAAAAUUUUCAGCAGAGUAUUUGAACUGAUUAAGAUUUCAUUCAACUAAUUUCUGGUGACAAAUCAAACAGUUUUAUUAAUUUAUAAAGCAAUCAAAGUGUUGGUGUUUUGUUAGGAAUGUUUCAAUAUUUGCAUUGUUUAUUCUACAGAAAUAUUGUGUCACAUUUUGACUUAGUGCAGAACUUUUUUCCAGAAUUCUUUAUUGUUCCCAAAGUAAUCAGAUGGGCUACAUACACUGCUAGUGCUAAUACUUUGAGAAUUUUAUAUGUGCUGGUUGCCAAAAUUGAAUUUGUGGACAUGGAUUGAUGUAAUUAUUGAAUCUGAUUCAUUUAUAAACUUAGCAUAUACGAGUAUUUUCUAGUGGAAGAAUGGAAUAUCAUUUGUAAAUUCUACAGUCUGCUAUCAGUUUCUAGUUUCAAGGUUUUGUGCAUGUAAUAUUUCUUUUUUCGUAAGCACUUUAAGCAGAGGAGGAAAACAUUUUGAUGAAUUUGUUGCAA